GGUCCUUGUAAAGGAAGCAGCUUGGCUCGGUUUAUAUCAGAAGAAUAAAUGCGGUGGUGUUCUGAUUUCAUCGAAAUAUGCUAUAACUGCCGGACAUUGCCAACCAGGGAGAUUCCUUUCAUCAUUAAUGGUAAUUCUUGGAGAACACGAUUUGCUAACAGAUUAUGAAAGACUGAAACCAGAAAUGCGCCGAGUAAAGAGGAUGAUUGUUCAUCGGCAUUAUAAUCCUCAAAAUUUCGAUAACGAUAUCGCAUUACUCGAACUGGAUCCUCCUGUGACAUUUCGUCCUCAUAUAGCACCUAUUUGCCUUCCAGCGGCGGAUGAAGACUUUACGGGAAAAAUGGCAUACGUCACUGGCUGGGGAAAAACAGCUCACGGCGGAGCAAUCCCAAAUCUCCUACAAGAAGUUCAAGUGCCUAUUAUGAGCAAUGCCAUGUGCGUAGAUAUGUUCAGGGAAGCCGGGCACACGAAACUCAUCAAAGAUUCAUUUUUAUGUGCUGGAUACAAGGCAGGCGGAAAGGAUUCUUGCGAAGGUGAUUCUGGAGGUCCACUUAUGGUCGAGAGAGAAAAUGGUCAAUGGGUAUUAGCUGGAACCGUUUCGCAUGGUAUUCGAUGUGCAGACCCCAACCUUCCAGGCGUCUACAUGAGAAUAUCUGCCUACAGAUCUUGGAUUGAUAAGAUAGUUAAAUAAGAAAUCCUAAAACUGAAGAAGAACGCAUCUACUAAUUUAAUUUCAUUUCUUCAUGUGAAAAUUCAACCAGAUAUGCUAAAAAAUCUGUGCAUAUAGAGUUUUGAGUAAAGGAAAAGAAAAAAAAAAUGUUGGUUGAAGAUGUAAAAGAAACUUCUGAAUUGUUGGUUAUAUUAUUUCAAGAUAUUUUUUAUCUAUUGAACGGAAAAAGUAUUCUUUCACACUCAGUUUCAUAUAAUAAUUAUUCAUUUCGUGGGAAGAGAAAUAAAUGUAUUAAAUCUGA